AAGUCGGGCCCGCGCUCCCUGCCGGCCCCCGGAGCUGGGGCUGCGGUUGGGUGGGUCGUCUCCGAGGGCGACUCGGAGGGUUUUUCCCUCCCACGGCCAGCCCGUUACCGACUUCGUUGCCGGGAAGGCCCUGCGGCCGGUACCGGGGAAGGGAGGCACGGCGGCAGGGGACGGUUACGUCCUGUGGCGGGAGGCUUGCUGUCCACCCUGCGCCAGCAGAACUGGCAGGGGGGAGGUCCUCAGCUGAGCACCGUAUUUUCAGCCAGGACAUCAAUGCAAGCCUGAAUAAGAAUAACAAUUUCUUCCUCCUAAAGCCAUGGCAUAUCAGUUAUACAGAAAUACCACUUUGGGAAAUAGUCUUCAGGAGAGCCUAGAUGAGCUCAUACAGUCUCAACAGAUCACCCCCCAACUUGCCCUUCAAGUUCUACUUCAGUUUGAUAAGGCUAUAAAUUCAGCAUUGGCUCAGAGGGUCAGGAACAGAGUCAAUUUCAGGGGCUCUUUAAAUACGUACAGAUUCUGCGAUAAUGUGUGGACUUUUGUAUUGAAUGAUGUUGAAUUCAGAGAGGUGACAGAACUUAUUAAAGUGGAUAAAGUGAAAAUUGUAGCCUGUGAUGGUAAAAAUACUGGCUCCAAUACUACAGAAUGAAUAGAAAACAAUGGCUUUUUUAUGCUAUCUUCUAUUAUUAUUCAUCACUUUUUGAAGAGAAGCAUAGAAGAGACUUUUUUUUUAAUUUAUUCUAGCAUUGCAGAAAUGACUACACUGUGUUAUAUGAAAAUUCCAGUAGAAAGAUGCUUAUAACUCUGUAGCCUCUUAUUUUACAGCCUCUUACAGCAUGAAAAACCAUAACUUUUUUUUAAUGACAAAUCAAAACUUGUUGCCUUCCUAAGAAUAUUCUUUAAUAAACUCAUUUUAAAACUCU